AUUGUCAGCGCGUGCGCACGCCUCCUCUCCGCGUGCGCCAACUUUUUCUCACCUUUUUUGACAGCGGCAGUUUGAUGACAGCGAACAGUCACCUGUUUCUCCCCCAGGUCUAACUUUUAUUCCCAAUGCAGGCAGACAUUCCGGCUGUGGAUAUAAGGACUGAUCAACUUUGGGGGCAUCAUCAGUGAAGGCGCGAGGCGCCGCGCGUUUAUUUUUCUUUGCCAGCGCUUUUUACUGGUGCAGCUGGAGCUCCGUAUGAUGGCGAUCGGCGAUACCUUGUAAUCAUUGAUUAUUAAUUACGCGCUUGUGUUUUGCAUGAUGAUGAAAUGACAUCUCGCGUUUUUAUUUGUUUGGCUGAGAGAAGCGUCCUGAUCACCUGAAUGUUUCAUUGAGAUCAGGCAUUUUCUUUGACGCGUGCGGAAUUUUCGCGACGAGACGAUGAGCAAAUUAGAACAAAAAUAGACAAAUCAUGAAUUUUUCAAGCAUUUACGCCAAAUUUGGACACCUUCUGCCGACCAACUUUUCUUUCCUAAGGCAGGACCAUAAUGGGACUAUCAUUCAUGAUACAGUGCCUUUUGCUGCAGACUUUCUUUUUGCAGGACACGAACCUGGCACAAUUGUCCUGAUGCUCGUUUAUAUGGUGUCCUUUCUGACAGGAUUUGUGGGAAACAUUAUGGCACUCUUGGUCCUGACUCGAAGAAGGAACAGGCUAGCUGGUGCCUCCACUACCAGAAAGCUGCUGAUAAACUUGGCUGUGUGUGACAUGAUGGUGGUGUGUGUGUGCAUGCCUGUGAAUUUGGGUCACCAGGUAUACAAUGCUUGGGUGUUUGGGGACUUGUUGUGUCGUGCCGUGCCGUUCGUUCAGGCCGUGUCUGUGUCUGCGAGUGUCUUAAGCCUUGCUGUUAUAAGCUUGAACCGAUACUACAAUGUUCACAACCCUCUACGUGCACGAUCCUUCUUCACCGGAAGGAAGAUUGGUGCGAUGAUAGCCAUGGUGUGGAUGGUGUCGUCCGGCCUGUGUGCCCCGUUGGUCUUUAUGAACGAGACCAAGAUGCUUUCCUUGACAAUGGAUGGCUCACACGUGAUAACAGUCUGUGUCGAAGCCUGGUCUAAAGCACGACUGCGCCUAGGCUACAACUUUUUACUUUUCUGCUCCCUGUAUGGCUUUCCAGUUCUCUUCAACCUCAUCAUAUGUUUUCUAACUACCUGGAAAUUGUGGAGUGUAGAUGACCAGUUUAGUGCAGUUGCCAUGUCAAGCUCAACGCGGUCAGCAGCGCGGCUGAAGUCACGCAAGAAAAUAGCCAAGAUGGUGCUAGCCCUGGUGGUGCUUUUUACCCUCUCCUGGCUUCCUCUCUAUGUAGUGGAUAUCUGGAUCGACUUCAACAUGCCAGGCUCUCUGGACAGAGAAGUUCCCGGCCACGUAGAGCACAGUUGGGUGUUGCAGAGCCGACCUUUCGCGCAGUGGCUUGGCCUCACCAACUCCGCACUCAACCCUCUUUGCUAUUGCUUUGUGGGUGACUUGUACAGGUCUGCAAAAAGGUUCAGGAAGAGCUACAGAGAAAAAAUGGCGUCUGUUUUUAAUACGUCUCAGAGACAGUCAUCCUCUGUGAACUCUGCCCUCACACUUCAGUCUUGUACAUCAUCCACUAAAUACAGCACAGGAAAGCAGAGCUGGACAGGAUGCUACAUUUUCAGUAACAGAUUAAACAGAAGCCGGAGCAUGUCUACCAUGAGUGUGUGCGAGACUGUAUUUGGUUGAUGGAUAUGCACAUGAAUACACAACAAAGCCUGCAGUGUUCAAAUAAGACUCUCAGUAUUGAAUUCAGUUUUAGAGCACUGAACUUUCUUUAACUGUUACGGCAGUGUUGUUUUUUCAGAAGUGUAUGAAUGAGCACUGUAACGAACUGCAAUUCAUUUGAUUAAUAUAAAAAAUAUCAUGCAAUUUUGAAAUGUUGCUGUUCAUGUUAAGUUGUAAGGGAGUCAAAUCAAGUCUUGUGAAUUUUAUUGUCAUGUCUCUAUAAGGUGUAUAUACAUCAGGACAGAAUGUUCCUGAAGAACGUGAUGCAACACAGUGGCACAGAAACCAGGACUUCAUUACACAAAGUGCAAAUUUAUGACACUGUGAGCUGAGUACAAACAAUACAAUAAACACACAGGAUGGUGCAUAUAGGAUAACAUAAUAGAAAAAAGAAAAAAAUUGUAUCAGUGUCAAUGCUUUUUUUUGUUGUUUUGUCGUGAAACAGAUGUAACUGUGUACCUAAAUGGAUUGUAAAUUGCUACUGGCUUGAAUAUUGUGGCUGUGAAAAGCAGCUUUUCAGUCCUUCGGUUGUUUUCUCAUCUUUCUACAUUUUUUUCAGCUUGAAUAGCGUGACUCAAAGGUUGUUUAAGGCACAUUCAUGAAUUCAUUUUAGC